AUGGCAGAUCAAAUCCCCAAAACGAUGCGAGCGGCUGUUGUCAAGGACUUCAACAAAGGCUACGAAGUCCGUGACGUUGAAGUUCCUACCGACCUCGGUCCAAACGACAUUCUUGUCAAGGUCGCUGCCGCAGGAUAUUGUCAUACAGACCUUCAAGUGAUGCAAGGUGUCUAUGAAUCAUCUGGCGCAAAGCCGGGUCUUGUCGGAUCGCAUGAGCCAGCCGGAACAGUCGUCAAGAUGGGCUCCGACGCUGGCAAGUCCAAUAUCCAUGUUGGAGAUCGCGUGGGAUCAAUCAAUACGUAUAAUUUCUGCGGCACUUGCAACGCUUGCAAGCACCAAGGCCAGCAGCUUUGCGAGAAGCUGACUGGUAUGCUGGGUCUGACGAUCAACGGCGGCUUCGCGCAAUAUAUGAAAGCCGAUGCUCGUGUUGUAUCGAAAAUCCCCGAGUCUAUUCCCUGGGACGAAGCCGCCCCUCUCUUCUGCGCGGGCGCCACAGUGUACGGUGCCAUUCUCGCGGCAGAUGUCAAGCCAGGUCAAUGGUUGGCGUUGGUUGGCAUUGGCGGACUUGGACACCUAGGUGUUCAAUAUGCAAAGGCCUUGGGCUACAAAGUCAUCGCUAUCGACAACCGGAAAGAGGGGAUUGAAACAGCACAAGCCGUCCCCUCGCACCUCAAGCCGGAUAAGACUUUCGUGAUCGAUUCGGAAGAUGCGCAGAAACGAGUCAUCCAAGAGCUGCAGUCCUCCUUCUAUGACACGAAUCCGGGUGUGGAUCGUGUUGUCAUCAACGCAGAGGCACGACAGCUGAUCAAAUUUUCCCAGCAAUUCCUGCGGAAGGGCGGAAUUCUGACUGAUGUCGGCUUGCCAUCUGAGUGGCCUUUGGAGGUCGAUCCAUUUGCGCUGAGCUUCAAGGAGCAGACGGUUAAGGGAAGAUUGAUCUGUACGCCGGAGCAGAGUCAGGAUAUGAUCAAUCUUCAUGCUAAGAAUGGGUGCAAGACCCACAUUGAAAAAACUUAUGGGGUGGAAGAAAUUAAUAAGAUGUAUGAUCACUACCAGAGGAAGGAUCUGAGAGGGAGACUUUGCAUGGUGUUUUAA